AUGACCACUAAACAUAGUUUAGUAAUAUUAAAAUAUUUAUUUUUGAUAGGCAUAUUACUGAGUACAAUAUAUUUAUUUCGAACUGACUUAUUUCCUUUUGUUUUGAACCAUUCAAAACAGAUAUCAACCACUAAUACUCAAAACUGUAUUGAUCUUAGUGUUAUUACUAAUGAUUCUUUUCAAUGUGUUAAAACAAAAUUAUUGUUAAAUAAAUAUCGCACUACAGUCUGUGUACAUGACGCUAAAAAAGAUACAGAUGUAAGUGGUUUAAUCAUCAACCAUGGUAUAUGGGAAGAAAAUUUAGUUACACGUAUUGUUCGUAUUUUUUCUACUUAUCGUCAGUUAGCGUUUAUUGAUAUUGGUGCAAAUAUCGGUAUAUAUACAAUGUAUGCUGCAUCAUUAGGUUGUCCACAUGUGUUUGCUAUUGAAUGUUUUCGUCCUAAUAUAGAACGAAUUCGUCGAGCUAUUCAACUUGAAAAAGUUCAAAAACAAGUUCUCCUUGUACCUCGUGCACUUUAUAAUAAAUCGAAUGUUUAUUUAUCGUUACGAACAAAUAUUGCAAAUAAUAUAGGUUCACAACGGUUGAAUGUUGAAGUAUCUAAAAAUGAAGAUGAUUCUCGUGUUGUUCAAACAAUCCGUUUUGAUGACUUAUUGCCAUUUAUUAAUGAACGAAAUAUUCAAGAGGCAAUUAUUAAAAUUGAUAUUGAAACAUCUGAACAUUAUUUAUGUGUAACAGGUGAAAAAAUAUUUAAUCAAAUAAAUAUUCCAUUUGUUAUCAUGGAAUGGGCAAAUAUUAAAGAAAUACCUGAAAAAGCUAAUUUAAUUCAAGAAUUUUUUACUAUUCGUAGUUAUAUUCCAUUCAAUUCAGAAAUAUGUCAACCAGAAACUGAAAAAGAUUAUCGACGUUGGCAAAAUCAAGAUAUUUUUUGGAUAAAAAAGAAUUAUACGUAUCUUUGUGAAUUAUCAUGA